CACUUUCCAUUUUUCUCACAUCCAACAACGAAAACACAAGCUAAUUAACAUUGUUAUCAUCUAUCACCCAAAAAGAAGAGCAAACACAAUGGCUUUCGCUUUGAGGUUCUUUACAUGCCUUGUUUUGACUGUGUGCAUAGUUGCAUCAGUAGAUGCAGCAAUCACAUGUGGCACAGUGGCAAGUAGCUUGGCUCCAUGUGGAGGCUAUCUAGCAAAAGGUGGAGCGGUGCCACCUCCGUGUUGUGCAGGAGUCAAAAAGUUGAACGGUAUGGCUCAAACCACACCGGACCGCCAACAAGCUUGCCGAUGCUUACAGUCCGCUGCCAAGGGCAUUAACCCAAGUCUAGCCUCAAGCCUUCCUGGAAAGUGUGGUGUUAGCAUUCCCUACCCCAUCUCCACCAGCACUAACUGCGCCACUAUCAAGUGAAAUUAAUGGGAGAGCUUUACGUCAUCAUUUGCCUGAGGAGUUUGGUUUCGUAUAUCGUAAUAGUAAAAUAAAAGUCGGCUAUCGAAGCUGAUAUUUACCAUGCAUGUCUUUGUCUGUUUGAUGCUUUGUUGCUUUUUUUAUGCUGUAUACUUGUAUCUUACAUGUUUAAGAUAUAGUAAUACUGCCUUAUUAAUCAUCUUCGCUUUAAUUA